AUGGCGUCUUGUGAACAUCCAGAGGCGACAGUUGAUCCAAUGUGCGAUGAUGGUGAUGAUACUAAUGCUUCCGGAGAUGAAGUUCGGACACCAAUUUCUCGAAAUAAAAACAAGCGUAAAGAAACAGAUGAAGGCGGUAGUUCAAAGAAAGCUAGAUCAUGGGUGUGGGAUCAUUUCACCAAAAAGAUAGAAGAUAAGGACAGAGCUAGUUGCAACUACUGUGGGAAAGAGAUGGCAAGUGCGAGCAAGUCUGGAACAACUAGCUUGUCAAAGCAUUUGAAUCUCGCUUGCAAGAGUUUCCAGGUGUGGCAAGCAGCGAAUAGGUUUGGUACACAAGGUGUGAUGUCUCCAGUCGGUGAAGAUGGUGAUCUUAUGGUGUGCAAGAAAGAGGCGAUGAAGAAGAUACUUGGAGAGAACAAGCAAAGGCUUUCAUUGACUACUGACAUUUGGACUGCGCCUUAUACAAGAGCAAGCUACAUGGUAAUCACAGCUCACUUCGUAGAUGCUGGAUGGAAGUUAAGGAAGCUCAUCAUUGGAUUCAAGAACGUUGUUGAUCAUAAAGGAUCAACUAUCUCUAAGGUUCUUCUUGAUUGUUUAGAAGAAUGGGGUAUCAAAAGAGUGUUUUGCAUCACUGUGGAUAACGCUACAGCUAAUGGUUCAGCUAUGACAAGAUUUAAGGAAGGUUUCAAGGAGAUUGGAGAUGAUGUGAUGGUUCUAGAAGGUCGUUUUCUACAUAUUCGCUGUGAUACUCACGUUUUGAAUCUUAUUGUCAAGGAGGGUUUGCGGGAAGCUGACAACAGUAUAAAUGCAAUUCGAAAUGGUAUUUUGUAUGUGAGGUCUUCAACGCAGAGACAAAUAGCCUUUGAGCAGCGUGUUGAGUCAGGAAAACUUCAGCGAGGAAGCUUGCCUCUGGAUGUCACCACGAGAUGGAACUCCACGUAUCUGAUGCUAGAGCAGGCAAUGAAGUUUAAAGUGGCUUUUGAGAAGAUGGAAGCAGAAGACAAGCCAUAUAAUGAUUACUUCAACGAGUUUGUGCAAGGAGAGAAACGAAUUGGACCACCAACUAAAGUGGAUUGGGAAGCUGUUGAUAGGUUAGUCCAGUUCUUAAUCAUUUUCUACCAAGCUACAUUGGUUUUGUCAGCUUCAACUUCAGUCUGUGCGCACAAGUUUUAUCACGCUAUCUACACAGUCACGAGAAAUAUUAGUGGGUUAAGCACUGCUCCUGGUCCUAAUGCAAUAUUGAGGUCUAAAGCUGCAUCUAUGCUAGGAAAAUUAGGCAAGUAUUGGGAUCCAUUUGGGGAGAAAGUGGAGAUGAAUAAACUCAUCAUUGUAGCUGGUGUUCUUGACCCAACGAAGAAGAUGAAGUUUGUAACUAAAUGUUUUGAGAACUUGUAUGGAAAAGAGAGUGUUGAGGCGACUCAGUUAGCUAAAGAAACCGAAGACAUUUUGAGGGAUUUGUUCAAUGAGUACAACAGCAUUUACAACGCGAACAAGAAUGGAGGGCCAGGGUCCACUAUUGCGUCUCAUCAUAGUCAGUCUCAAGGUACCUCUUCUCAGUCUCAAGAUCUGUUUGUUGAAGAAGUAUCUCAGAGAACAGUACUUGGGAAUGGUGUUGCAUAUGAGAGCAUGAAUGACAUCUAUGAGGAGCUUGGCCAAGAAGCUGGUUUUCAGGAAAAGACAAACGAGUUGGAUAUCUAUUUGAAAGAGAGUGCGGAGAAUCAUCAUGUGAUGAAUGGUACAGAGUAUGAUGUNCACAAGUGGUCGAGUUUUGGAUCCAAGCUGAAGCUGCUUGACACAUUACAUGAUAGAAGUGUUAAUGUGCACCGAGCAAUGGCUAAAAUGUGA